AUGCUGACAGCCAGUCCAGAACACGAUAGAAGCAUGUCUCCCGAGGCCUUGUCCUCUCUCUUCCAGCAGCGGCCCAUGCGACCUCUUCCCAAGCGACGGCUCAGGGAGCGUUUGUCACCCGAAGUUGCAGACACGAUCGAAUACCCUCCGGCGAGCCAAAACUCGAGUCCUUUGUUUCUCUUGCCGGGCAUUGUGCGGGACGAGAGGUCGUCUAGUGUGGGAAGAAACUACACUGUCAUUCGGGAUCCUGGAUAUGAGGGCGCACCCAUUGCAAACCACGAAGCAGGCGAGAGUGACGAGGAGGAGGUAAAGCGGUUCGCCAGUAGCAAAGUCGUCCGUCGAUCACACCCCGAGAUUUUGAGUAGAUCGACCCCGCAGUCGAACAGAUCUGGGCAGUCGAAGCACGCAAAUCACCAACCGGCACCCUCUACGACCUCUUCAGUGGACGGUUACGAUUCGUUCGAGAACACCAAUAACAAGAAGAAACGCAAGAUUCCCACUGCUGGCGAUAACACAUUGAAUGGUACGCAUACUCUUGCCGACAUUACCGCCCUCGGAAUCACGGCUACCGCUGGUUCGCCCGUGACCGACAAUGAUCAGUCCGGCCCCGUGGGAUAUCUGGUCCUGGAAGAGGGCGUUUUGGUCGUUCAAGAAAUGGCAGAAGUCCGCUUCGAGCAUUAUCAGUCUCUGAAGCAGCCAACAGCUGGGUGGGACGAGGGCCCAAGAUCCGGCAGCCUCAAUGGGCCGCAAGUUCCACUUAACACUGCCAGCUACCACAUUGUGUGUACCUGCAGGCAAGAAGUAACUUCGCUAACCCAUCGUCCUCCUCCAGACGAAAAUACUGGCAUCAUUUCCAACGCCAUCGCCAACGCUGGCAAGGUCUUCUCGGAACCAGGUCAAGAGAACAUAAGCUUGCUCUCUCAGCACUCGAACACGUCCAGGCCGCGACCUGCCUCGGCCCAGUUUACAUUCACCUGUGAUUCUCAAGUACCUGGUACCCAGUGGCCUGGUAUGGACCCUGCGGUCCACUCGUCCCUUCCAGCUUAUGGUGGGGCCAGCCGGACCAAACACGCAUCGAUGGGAACCCAAACGGCCGCGGCAAACGCUGGCGCCAACCAGCAGGGCGCGCCUGCUCAAGGCAAUGCGGGCGCACCAGCUGCCGCCAAGAAGAAGAAAUCUAGACGUCGCGCGGAGAGGGACCUCAAGAUGGCCGCUGCUCAUCGUCGCCGUGAGGCCAGAGAGAAAGCCUACCACAACCCGCCCCGUCCCGAGGACAUGUGGAUAUGCGAGUUCUGCGAAUACGAGCAGAUUUUUGGCGAACCGCCCUACGCCCUCAUCCGACAGUACGAGAUGAAGGACCAGAAAGCCCGCCGCCAGGAACAAGAAAGAAAACGGCUGCUCGAGAAGGCCAAGGCCAAGAGCCGCAAGGGCAAGAAGGCCAACAGUGGCAAGCCUGGUGCUAAGAACACUGAUUCGUCUCAGCCGGAGCCGCAACAGCAGCCUCACAGAGUUGACGGAGGGCAUACGGACGGAACGCGCUCGCAGACCAAUAGCACGGACGAGGAUGAAGAGGGGUACCAUAAUGGCGAAUCCGACUACGACGGCCGCUCCUUCACUCACGAUGACCCGCCCAUGACACUCUCGGACGACCCAGACCCCGAAUACCCCGACGACGAACGCCUGGCAUGUCCCUGUGCGUCCUGCGUGGCCGGCGCAGGGCACGCAGGGGUGCCCGCCUAG